ACUGAAACACAUGGUCGAAUAAAAUGUAUUUGUUUACUUUCGAAAUCUGCCGUCUGUUUCCGCUUUUUAAUAGUAGCGCUUAUAUGCAAUUUAUUAUUUGAUUUACCCUCACAAUCUUCCAUGCUUCAUGAAUUCAGCUUUUUUAAAGUAAAAUAAUAAAAUUCGUCCUCCCCCCACUUUUUAAGAAACUGAAAUAAAAAUAAUUAAACAGGAAAUGAGCACUUUUUAAUUUCUAGAAUUUCUUGAUUUACAAUGGACAGUGAUUCUGAUCGCACUAUUGAUUCUGAUGAAUUGGAGGAAAUUAUACGGCGAUCACAAGAAAAAGGAUCAAGUUCUUCUACAAAUGCCAAAACUUCCAAGAAGAGUCAACGUAGACCUAGUUUUCAUGAUUUAUCUGAUACAGAUUCAGAUGAUCAGGUUUCUCCCAAAAAACAAAAACUUGUGAAAUCAAAACCAAAUAUUACUCGACCAAAAUGUGAAUAUGGUCAGAAUUGUUAUAGGAAAAACCCAGAUCAUCUUCGAAAUUUUGAUCAUAGUGGUGAUAUUCAGGAUCCAGAAAAAACUUCCCCAUCUAAGAAGAAACACAAUAAAUAUGAUAUAAAAAUUACAAAAGAAAAGACACAAAAAGAAUGCUCAGAUCCAAAUCCAGAUAUAUCAAGAAAAAGGAAAGAGACGGAUAAUCGUCCAAAAUGUGUAUAUGGAAAGAAGUGUUAUCGCAAAAAUCCUGAUCACAUAAAAGAAUUCAAUCAUGAAAGUGAUGAAUCUGAAGAUUUAAAAAAUCAUACACCAAGUCCUGCAAAAUCUACAAAAAUCCGACAGUCACCUCUUCCAGAGUGUCCUAAUUAUCAGUUUUUUCUUACAAAAGUUACUGGUAUCCAUCCAAAAUAUAACAUGUUGGCAUUGGAUAUUAAAGAUAUAUUAUCUUUCAAAGAUGGGACAUUGGUUUCUUCUGCUCAAUUUAAUUAUAUGUUUGACAUUGAAUGGUUGAUGAAACAAUAUCCAGAACAAUACAGAAAAUGCCCAUUAACAAUUGUACAUGGAGAGCAAAGAGAAUCUAAAAAGAGACUAGAAAAUUCUGGAGCAAAUUACUCAAACAUAACUUUUUGUCAGGCAAAACUUGAUAUUCCUUUUGGUACCCACCAUACAAAAAUGAUGUUCCUAUUAUAUAAAGAAGGUUUCCGAGUUGUUAUUCAUACUUCAAAUAUUGUGGAUAGUGAUUGGUUUCAAAGGACUCAAGGGAUGUGGGUAAGUCCUGUCCUUCCUAAAUUGAAAAGCCCAUCUGCUACUGAUGGAGAUUCACCAACCAAUUUUAAAAGUGAUCUAUUAGAAUAUGUUUCUUCGUAUGGUGCUCCAGGUUUAAACGAGUGGUUACAAAUUAUAAAACAGCAUGACUUUUCAACAGUCGGAGUUGUUCUGAUUGGAUCUGUUCCUGGUCGUCAUGUAGGAUCUAAAAAGACUGCAUUUGGACAUUUAAAGUUGAGAAAAGUUCUUAAUCUUCAUGGAAGCCCGAAGGAAGUUGUUCAACCUGAUUGGCCUCUAAUUUGUCAGUUUUCCAGUAUUGGUUCUUUGGGUGCGUCUCCUGAUCAAUGGUUACUAAGCGAAUUUUCCACAAGCCUUUCUACUGUUAAAAAUUCAUCUUUAGGAUCUCUAUCAACCAGUGUGAAAUUGAUAUUUCCGACCGUAGAGAAUGUACGCAAAAGUCUUCAAGGCUAUCCAGCUGGUGUAUCUUUACCUUACAGCAUAAAAGUAGCCCAAAAGCAACCUUAUUUAAAAAAUUAUUUACACCAAUGGAAAAGUGAUAAAUUGGGACGGACUGAAGCAUCUCCUCAUAUUAAAACCUACAUCCGCCUAUCUCCUGAUAAUUCUAAUAUGGCUUGGUUUCUUCUGACUAGUGCUAACUUAUCAAAAGCUGCUUGGGGUGCUUUGGAGAAGAAAGGUUCUCAAUUUAUGAUAAGAUCAUAUGAAUUAGGAGUGCUAUUUUUACCAAAAUUCUUUGAAAUGGAAUUAUUUUCAACACCUGCAUCAGUUAAAAAGGAUUUCAGUAAGCUUUUUCCAGUUCCUUAUGAUGUACCUCUCGCACCUUAUUCUAAAGAUGAUGAACCUUGGAUAUGGGAUAUUCCACACAUAAAAGCACCCGAUCGAAAUGGAAUGAUGUGGUGUCCCCCGUAGGUUUUAAAAUCAUCCAAACAGCUGCGAAUUUAUGAAAUUCCAAUUUAUUUUUAUGUUAAUGUUUUUCUUAUUAUUGAAUUGUAAAUUUUUCUUGUAAAUAAAAGACUGCUUGUAUGAAUCAA